CUAAAUUACAAAUCGAAUUUAAAAUCAAAAUUAAAAAUUAAAAAUUUUAAAGUCAUGGUAGCAAAAGUAAGAAUCGAUUUGCUCCCUUUGUUGCUGGGAGGGAUGCCAUUUGAACUUUGUAGGAAAGCCGGAUUCCGGAAGGAUAAUCUUGUACCGUAAAAACGAGAUAAUGCUAGCUUUGCUGGGUUAUGCCCGUCCACCACCGUCAAUUUCCGUCAGGCUCAACUGCAACAAAUUGACCAAUCAUCCAAAAUCGGCAAUUGCCUCUCCAGUAAAUAGGAGGAAAUCCAUCUUACUUUCUGCUUCUCUUCUCACCCUGUUUCUUAAUUUCAACCCAAAUUCACCUGUACCUUUGUUUUCUGCUGGUGCCCGUGAAUUGGAUGAACUUGAAGAAACUACCAUUAUCCGUGUUUUUGAGGAAACGUCACCGUCUGUGGUCUUUAUUCAAGUUCUAUCAAAAUUGAACAACUCCAACAAUUCAAAGGAUGCCUUGCUAGAUGAUGAAAGUAAUGCAAAAGUGGAGGGGACAGGUUCUGGCUUCCUCUGGGACAAGUUUGGUCACAUUGUUACGAAUUACCAUGUUGUGGCUAAGUUGGCAACUGAUCAGAGUGGACAGCGGUUUUGUAAGGUUAGUACAGUGGAUACCCGAGGAAAUAGGAUCUCAACUGAGGCCAAGAUCAUUGGUUUUGAUCAAUCAUAUGAUCUGGCUGUUCUUAAGUUUGAUUCUCAAGGGAAAGAGUUUAAGCCUGCUCUUCUUGGAACUUCGAGCGAAUUACGUGUGGGGCAGAAUUGUUUUGCCAUUGGGAAUCCUUAUGGAUAUGAAAACACUCUAACAACUGGGGUGGUCAGUGGUCUGGGCAGGGAGAUACCAUCACCAAAUGGACAGGCCAUUCGAGGAGCCAUACAAACAGAUACUGCUAUUAAUGCUGGAAAUUCCGGAGGGCCAUUGAUAGAUUCAUAUGGGCAUGUGAUUGGUGUGAACACUGCGACAUUUACUCUUAAAGGCACUGCGAUGUCCUCUGGUGUGAACUUCGCAAUUCCGAUUGACACGGUAGUACGAACUGUACCUGCUCUUAUCGUCUAUGGAACACCUUACAGCGACAGGUACUAGCGGAGACGUAAUUGAUAUUGAUAUCUCAAAGCCUCUACAAACUUGAUAAAUUCAACGUACUUUUAUGUUGUGCUUACAAUCUUCAGGCAAAAAAAAUCUUUAUGGGUAACAUAGAAACUAUAGUAAGAUACUAGAUAUCAAUGUUUUCCUUGUGCAUAAUUUUGAGUACAAUUUUUUGUAUUAUACUUCAUAUUGCAGUUGUGUAUAAUUUUUAUCAGUAUUGUAGAAGUAGAAAAUUACCAGUUUCUUGUG